GAUGGCGGUCGGAGGAGCAGAAGAACACUUUGCUAAAAAGUUAGCAAAUAACGACAAAACGAUCCGUGACAGAGCCGUUAAAAGACUUCAAGCAUGGAUAGCAAGUCGACCAUCAACUGUAAAAGGUUUUAGUGAGAUAGAGAUGCUGAAGAUAUGGAAAGGACUGUUCUACUGCUUUUGGAUGUCAGACAAACCUUUAAUUCAGGAGGAGUUAGCAGAAAAUAUUUCCAAGUUACAACAAAGUUUUAAAAAUAAGGAGUCAGCUUUUACAUAUAUCAUAACAUUUUUUAAGACAAUGCACAAAGAAUGGCAUGGGAUUGAUCGAUUAAGACUGGACAAAUUUUAUCUGCUGGUGAGAAUGUUUAUAAAGGAGAAUUUGGAAUUUUUAAAGAGAAACAGCUGGGAACCAAGUGUUUGUAGUAGAUUGUGUGAUAUUUACAAAGAUGGCCCACUUCAUCCUUCAAAAGAAAAUGUUCCUGCUGGAAUGAAGCUUCAUCUUUGUAGUGUCUUUUUAAACGAGCUUAGCAAUGUUGCCAAUGAAAAGGUUUCAUCAGAGAUUAUUUCAUCAUUAUUGGAACCAUUCUUUGUUCUUGCUGCAGAAACUAAAAGUCAAGUGGUUAGUCGGGCUGUGAAAGAUGGAGUUCUAGAAAAACUGUUGGACAUAGAAGAAAAAAGAUUAAGAAAAGAAAAUGAAGAAGAUGAGAAACAAGAUGAAAAGAAACAAAUAUUACAGAUAAACUGCCAAGCUAUUGCUGAUAAGCUGUUUUCCUUGGGCAGUGAUAGAGAAAUACUAGGGCGAAACAGGAACCUGCUUUAUCUUUAUGCAAAGAAAUUCAAAAAAGCUGUUUCAGAUGAUACAGAAGGAAAUGAAAAAGGAAGAAAAAGAAAAUUAGAACAAGAAAAAGAAACCGAGAAAUUACCAGAUGAAGUUGUACCAAAUAAGAAGUCUAAGAAGAAACAGGAAAAGCUGAGGUUGAAUGGCACUGCAUCUUCAGAAAUUGGUGAGAAAGAAAAUGAACCAGAAGUAACACAGAAGGAUGGCAAGAAAAAGAAACAAAAAAGGACCCAAAAAGGUCAACAGGAUACAAGUGAAAAAGAAGUUCCAGCGCCACCAAAAAUGAAAAAGAAACCAACAAAAAAAGUAUUAGAUAUAAAUGGGUAUUCUAAAGAUGAUAUUAUAAAUAAAGAGUCUAGUGUAAAAACAAGCAAUGGCUUACAGGAAGAUGAGACAAAYAAUAAUGAAGUGGCAGCUCAAGGAAAAAGUUCUUUAUCAGAAAAGAUUGUAGAAAAGACAAUAAAAGAGUUGAGAAGUCAGGUUUCAUCAGCACAAGAUACAGAAAAAACUCCUGUAAAGAAAAAGAAAAAGCAAGAACUUCAGGGUGAUGAAACUCCUUUUGCUGCUUUUACCAAGACAGUGACACCACCUGCAUUCUUUAAGGAAGCUGUGUCUCGCACUGAACCAAGGAAGGCUAAGACAUCAAAGCUCACAUGUCCAAAUUCAGAACCUCAAAACUCAAAGAAGAAAGUAAGGAUUCAUUUGCACAAGAAUAAAGCACAAAGCACUUCAGAUUAUGUCAAGAGUGUAACCAGCAGUCCAGAUAUUCCAUUUGAUGCAAGCCGCACACCAGAAUUCAGUCUCCUGAAAACCAAAUCCUUAACUAAAUCAAAGCCUGUAAUAGCUGCCAAGAAACGCACGCCAUCUAACCGAUCCAAGGCGGUUGAUUUUUUCUAGAUAAUUUAUUGUUAUGUGAUACUCUUAGGGCCUUUGGCCUACUUUAACACAUGAAUGGGGCAGAUCUAGGAGGUUCGUCCAAACCCUCUAAACCAGAAUUGAACCCCCUUAAAUGACAACUAUAUGAACUAAAGUUCCUACUUUAGAUCGUCUUCAUUUUAUCAAACCCCAAAAGGACAAGUACAAACCCUCUAAUUAAAAGCUUUUUUGGGGGUUUGCCAAACUGCAAGGCAGUUCAAACUCACCAUGAAAAUCCUGGAUAUGCCCCUUCGCCCCUACGGAUACUUAUAGAAGCAUAAGCUGUCAGGAUUGCCACCAUUAUUAAAAUAGUGACUGCAGUCUCCUUAUUUCAAACUUACCUUUAUCUCGAAUGCGAGGCCAUUUCCCAUGGAAUAGCCUAGGAUUUUGGUAGGAUUAAAGUAUACUGUUUGCUGACAAGAAUCCUACCUAUACUGAUUUGGGGGUCUUUCUUUUUAAAGCCAUGAUGACUUGAUAUUAUGCAUUUUUUUUUUUAAAUCAACAUGUCCGUGAAGAAAAGGCAAGGAAAAUCGUAGAACAAAAUUUAUAAUUUAACCCCUAAAAGAGAGAGUUUGGGCAAGGUACUGGUUUAAUUUUAGCCCUACAGAUACCACUUUUUACCACAAGAUAGAAAGUAUGACUGAUAUUCCUUUUAAUGUUUAGGGCUAAACCAAUUGCAUACCCCUAAAAGAUACCACGUGCUAAAAACCAAUGAAGGAGUGACUAAUAGUUUCAAUCCUAAUAGACAUAUGAYGGUCUUUCCUGCUCUUCUUUAUAUGGGUGUAAUCAACCCUCCUCCCCUGGAAGCAAGUCAAAAAGGCUCAGUCAAAAACAAACAAACAUUUAUGUAAUGCAAUAGAAUUUACUUUUUAACAGCAGUUCUUCUAAUAUUUGCAUAUAUCAAGAUGUGGCAGAAAUAAAUAAUCUGACUUAUAAUCUUUACAGAUUACUGUA